AUGGCGCCUUCGACUCUGGAUCUGCUGAUGCUCACCUUCAAUUGUGCGAAGAGGCUGGUCAACGUCAACGUCCUCGCCAACCACCUGCACACCGCGCUCACGAACAAUGCCACGACGUUGCCACAGGUCGUGGUCUUCGCUCUCCAGGAAGUUGCGCCGCUGAGCUCGGCCUUCAUCAGCUCGCACUACCUCGACGAAUACUUUGCGCGCUUCGACGACGCCAAGAAGAAGAAGAAGAAGAAGAAGAAGAAGAAGAAGAAGAAGAAGAAGAAGAAGAAGAAGAAGAAGAAGAAGAAGAAGAAGAAGAAGAAGAAGAAGAAGAAGAAGAAGAAGAAGAAGAAGAAGAAGAAGAAGAAGAAGAAGAAGAAGAAGAAGAAGAAGAAGAAGAAGAAGAAGAAGAAGAAGAAGAAGAAGAAGAAGAAGAAGAAGAAGAAGAAGAAGAAGAAGAAGAAGAAGAAGAAGAAGAAGAAGAAGAAGAAGAAGAAGAAGAAGAAGAAGAAGAAGAAGAAGAAGAAGAAGAAGAAGAAGAAGAAGAAGAAGAAGAAGAAGAAGAAGAAGAAGAAGAAGAAGAAGAAGAAGAAGAAGAAGAAGAAGAAGAAGAAGAAGAAGAAGAAGAAGAAGAAGAAGAAGAAGAAGAAGAAGAAGAAGAAGAAGAAGAAGAAGAAGAAGAAGAAGAAGAAGAAGAAGAAGAAGAAGAAGAAGAAGAAGAAGAAGAAGAAGAAGAAGAAGAAGAAGAAGAAGAAGAAGAAGAAGAAGAAGGAGAAGAAGAACCCCUGGUCCCGGCAGAGCAAACCGUGUCCGGUUCAGAGCCCCCCAAGCCCCAGCGUCGCCCGCAGGAUACGCAACCUGGAACAUGCCGAGGUCGGCUUCGGCACCGCCGACAUGGGCAAUAAAGGAGCCGUGGGCAUACGGGCCUUGUACGACGUCGACGGCACCGGCGCCAAGUGCACGCAGGUGACCUUUGUGGCGGCGCAUCUGGCCGCCAUGGAGUGGAAUCUGGCCCGGCGCAACGCAAACUGGGCCGCCCUCGUGCGCGGCCUGACGUUUGGCGAUCCCGAGGUCAUCCUCAAGGGCCUCGGGCGAGCCGCCGGGACCCCCGAGCACGCGCGGGAGGCGGACGGCAGCGACCACCGAGGCGCCCAAGGACGCCGCCUCCUCCGCCUCCACGACGUGCACGACGAGGAGCACGCCCAGGUCCAGAGGGCCAUGCACGACAUCUCCGUCUUCAAGCCCUCGUCCCACCUCUUCGUCGCCGGCGACUUCAACUACAGGAUAUCGACGUCGCCCCCGCCGCCCGGCGCCGUCUUCCCGAGCCUGGAUCCCGCCUCGCCCAACCACUACCCGGCCUUCCUGCCCCUGGACCAGCUCGCCCGCGAGCGGCGCGCCGGCCGCACCAUGCACGGCCUGUCGGAGCACCCCAUCGGCUUCCCGCCCACCUACAAGUACGACGUCCAGCCCCGGGGGGACGGCGUGUCGGAGCACGACGAGACCGAGGUCCCGUGGACCUUUGCCAAGCACAGGUACCCCAGCUGGACCGACCGCGUGCUAUACCUCGACCUCCCGCCGUGGGUCAAGUCGCGCGGCGACGGCCCCGAGAUGAGGGUUCUCGCCUACGACGCCCUCCCGCUCAUGAGGAGCAGCGACCACCGCCCCGUCUACCUGCGCGUCGAGAUUCCCCUGAUCCCGCCGCACGAGCUGUCCCCGCCGCCGCCGCCGGCCUCGUCGACGGGGCGCCCGCCCGGCCCCCAGGACCCCAGGGUGCGGCUCCCCAUCGAGGUCGACCCCGAGGCCUGGUCGCGCCGCCGCGUCGCCCGCCAGUGGGAGCUGCUCGUCGGAUGGGGCGCCUUCCUGGGCAGCACCAAGGAGGCCGCUUGGAUGUGGGCCACGCUGCUGGCCGCCGGAGCGGCGGUCUGGUGGCUGUGGCAGACGUGA